CUGCCUCCUAGUCUCCUCGCUUUCACGCCUGCGCCCAGAGUUACAAGAUGGCGGAGAGUGCGGAACUGAAGCAAAUGGUGAUGAGCCUUCGUGUUUCAGAGCUACAAGUUUUACUAGGCUACGCCGGACGCAACAAGCACGGCCGCAAGCACGAACUGCUGACCAAAGCUUUGCACCUCCUUAAGGCCGGCUGCAGCCCCGCUGUCCAGAUGAAGGUGAAGGAGCUCUACAGACGACGCUUCCCCACAAAGAUGGUGUCUCCGGUGGACCUAGCGCUGCCCAGUGUCCACUCCACCCUGUCUGGAGGCCUCACCUCGCUUGGGUUUGACAGCCACGGGUCCCCCUCGCCCCUCUCUCUGCUUGGGCCCAAACACGAGCUGGGCUUGCCCCACCUGCCCUCCUCCCUGCACCCCGUACACCCUGACGUCAAGCUACAGAGACUGCCCUCCUCCCUGCACCCCUUACACCCUGACGUCAAGUUGCAGAGACUGCCCUUUUACGACAUGCUGGAUGAGCUCAUCAAACCCACCAGCCUGGCUCAGAAACAGUCAGGCGGUUCAGGAGACGUGUUAUGCUCUUUGCAUGACACUCAGCGGUCAGCAGAUCAGCAGCUCCAUGUUUUGUUUAUCAGAGACGAGUUGUACCCAGGAGGAUCAUUUCGUCCAACCUGUGUGUUUAAAGUCAACAGCAAGCCCUGCAACCUCCGGGCUAACUUCUUCGGCAACAACUGGCGGGUUGUGCUGUGGGUGUCUCAUCGCUAG